AUGGCCUGUCUUCAUUCAGAAGCUCUAGACCUCCAACCACCAGGAACCUCUCAAGCUGUGUAUAGAGAGGACUGUACGCAAUGCUUUGAUUCCAUUGACAAUGACUCAGGUCUCAAUGUAUGUCUCCACUGUUUUAACGGUGGGUGUACCGGGGAUAGAGAUCAUGCAUUGCUGCACCACCAACGUUUUGGUCACACGCUGGCUUUGAAUAUUCGCAGAACUCCGAAACAAGUUCAGAGAGAUGAGCCUCCGCCCAAGAUUUCAAAGCUCGCGAUUACUGCCGAGACAGAUGAUGAUCGAUACGAUAUUUCGACAUCGGUGACAUGCUAUCUGUGCGCGAAGCAAGAUAUCGAUAAAACGAUUGGGAAUCUGCCUGCUGUGAUCAACGGAGUCAUGACCGCAAUGACUUUUUCGAAAAGAGAGGAGGUAAAAGCAUGGGAGCAGGAAUUUGUCCCUUGUGAGCACACACUGUGCCUCACUCAACAACACAUUCAGAACGUAGAAUCCAAGGAUUCUAGCCAAUGCUCCUCAUGUGAUUUGAAGGAGAAUUUAUGGAUUUGCUUAGAAUGUGGAAACAUAGGGUGUGGACGAAGCCAAUUUGGCGGUACACAAGGAAACUCCCACGCUCUCGCCCAUGCAGACACAUCAGCACAUGCUGUGGCAGUCAAACUAGGCUCCAUCACUGCUGAGGGCUCGGCAGAUGUCUAUUGUUAUGCAUGCAAUGAGGAGCGGACAGACCCAGAACUUGCAAACCACCUUGCGCAUUGGGGGAUUUUUCUAGCUGGGCGUGAAAAGACGGAGAAAAGCUUGAUGGAGAUGCAGGUUGAGCACAACCUCCAAUGGGAGUUCUCUAUGACUACUGGAGAUGGCCGUGAACUAACUCCAGUCUUCGGACCUGGCUUCACCGGCCUCACUAAUCUCGGAAACAGCUGCUACCUUUCCAGUAUCAUGCAAUGCAUCUUCUCUACGUCUAGUUUUCAAUCUCGUUAUUAUCGCCCAUCUGAGGAGCCACCGCUGUGUCAGUCACCUGCACAGGACCUUGAGACCCAAUUGAGAAAGCUGGCAGAUGGCUUACUGUCGGGCCGUUAUUCUCGACCGGCCACACGCUUUACUACAGCUCAGAGUGCACACGAGGUUUCUCACCAGAUGGGAUUGGCUCCAGCCAUGUUCAAAUAUCUCAUUGGCCAAGGUCAUGAGGAAUUUGCAACAAUGAGGCAACAGGAUGCAUUUGAAUUCCUUUUGCACGUGUUCAAGUGUGUGAGCCUUUCAAAGCAUUCUGAUGGACAGCUCAACCCUGUCAAAGACUUUCGAUUCGAGGUGGAGCAACGCCUCCAGUGCCUAGGUUGUAAGAAGGUCCGUUACAAGGUGGAUGAGCAAGACAAUAUUUCUGUUGCUGUGCCUGCCCGUCGCAUCUCGGGUGAAAUGAAUCGCUUUGAAGCCGUGACUCUGUCAGAGUGCUUGGAAAUAUUCACCUCAGAGGAAGUCGUUGAGCUCAGCUGUCCUGAGUGUAAUAGUCGUGACGGUUUCUCAAAACGUUCAUACUUCAAGACUUUGCCACAGGAACUGGCUAUCAAUGCUCGCCGCUUCGGGCUUGUCAACUGGGUUCCUACCAAAUUGGACAUUCCAGUGGUUGUCGAUGAUGGGCCCGUCGAUUUUGGGCCCUACUUGGCUGGCGAACGCGAUGUCAACGAGGAGAUAUUGCCGGAGGUCGAGGAAGAUGUGGCCUUUAAGCCCAAUCCCGUUGCCAUGGACCAGCUCUUGGGCAUGGGUUUCCCAACUGUCAGGUGUGAGAAGGCACUUUAUGCUACUGGAAACUCCGACCCAGAAGUUGCCAUGAACUGGCUGUUUGCUCAUAUGGAAGACCCGGACAUUGACGAACCAGUCGUUUUGAAGAAAUCUACUGGUGGGUCGGGGAAUGCUGAGCAGGAUGAGACGAAGAUUGCACAGCUGGGUGAGAUGGGUAUCGAUCCUGCCAGAGCUCGUCGGGCCUUAUCUGCCACCGAUGGUGAUGUCAAUCGAGCGCUAGACUGGGUUUUUACCCACCCCGACGAGGGUUUGGAGGAGGAAGGCCAGUCCGAUAACCAAGACAUGCAACCUCAGCAAGGUUCAGCUGGCUAUGAUGGCUUGCCCGCUAACUAUCAACUAAAAUCUAUCGUGUGUCACAAGGGCACAUCAGUUCAUGCAGGUCACUACGUGGCUAUUAUUCGUAAGGUUUUGCCAGGUCAGUCUGGUCUCUCCUGGGUUAUGUUUAAUGAUGAAAAGGUCGUGAGAUUUGAGGACCUUGAUCAGAUGAAGGAAACGGCUUAUAUGUAUUUCUUUACACGGUUAUAG